AUGGCUAAGUCCGUUCACGACGUGGCCGCUGCAACUGAAGCUAUUUUGGAUCUACCCGCUCGCGCAAAGCUACCAGUCGACGGGUACCGGUCAUUCUUCAGCACCUCCUUCAACGGUCUGAGACUGGGGUUUGUUGACCCCGCCGUCUGGCGCUUUCCGCCGGAUCUCUGGGUUCCAAGCGAGGAAGCCAAGAAGCAGCAUGACGCAGCCUACCAUGAAGCAAGGGAGAAAAUGCAGUCCCUCGGCGCCGAGGUGAUUUACCCGGUGACCUUGCCACAGCCGAGUUACGAGCAUGAAGAAACGGCAAACGAGUUCUUCCGCGACUUCGUCAAACCUGGCACCCAAGUUCACGACUUGGCAAGCGUCGUCGAGUUCAACAAGAAGCACGCCGAAAAGUGCUUGCCCAAGGAUGCACCAGAUCAGUCAUGGCUUGUGAGGGCUGUUGAGAACAGACCUUCUGAGGCGCAGUACCGCGAUGCUUUUCAGCACAUGCUCCAAGUGGGCAGAGACCAAGGACUUCGCAAAGUCUUGGACGAGCACAACCUCGAUGUUGUGAUAGCGCCCAUGGAUAGCCCGGUGUGUUCCCUGAGCACAGCCUCUGGGUAUCCCAUCUCCAAUGUUCCCCUUGGGCGAUACCACCUGAAAGGCCAGCUCAGCCGUCCGUUUGGGCUCGCGGCUUUGGCUCGACCGGAAGCCGAGGGAACGCUGAUCAAGUUCAUGAGCGCAUUUGAAGCAAACUUUCCUGCCCGGGUCAUCCCGGAGCAACUUCUCAGUGAGACUCGGAACUAG